UUCUUUGCAGACUGACCGGAUUCCAGCGGCGCACACCGGAGGAAGCGGCCGACAAGAAGCUCCAGCACCCGAGACUCAGUCGACUAACCCCCCCCCCCCCCCCACACACACAUCCUUCACCCGGACAUCCCGCUGACAUCCACGGGGAUAUUGACUUGUGAUUUUUUUCCAGGCAAGAGAAAGGCUCCGUGGUGAACUGGAAGAAAAGCGCUAAUUAAUCCACGUUCUGCCCAUUUUUCUUUUUGUCCUUUUUCUCGUUCCGGGGGGGAGGGCCUGAGAGUGAACCUGCAGCCAUGUCUUGCGGUGAUGCGUUGGAUCUGAGUCCGCGGUUCAGCGUGUUGUCCUGGGAUCAGGUGCGGCGCUUGGACGCGAUCCUCGGGGAGGCGGUGCCCAUCCACGGCCGAGGGAACUUCCCCACGCUGCCCGUGCAGCCGCGACAGAUUGUCCAGGUUGUGCGGAUGAGGCUGGAGGAGAGGGGUGUGCGUGUAAGAGACGUGAGGCUCAAUGGAUCUGCUGCCAGCCACGUGCUCCACCAGGACACCGGACUGGGCUACAAAGACCUCGACCUGAUCUUUGGCGUGUCCCUGAAGGACGACCAGGCCUUCCGUCUGGUGAAGGACGUCGUGCUGGACUGUCUGUUGGACUUCUUGCCAGCUGGGGUCUCUAAGGAGCGCAUCUCAGCCCUGACCCUCAAAGAGGCCUACGUACAGAAACUGGUGAAAGUCUGUAAUGACACGGACCGCUGGAGUCUCAUCUCGCUGUCCAACAACACGGGCAAGAACGUUGAGCUUAAAUUUGUGGACUCCUUGCGGCGGCAGUUUGAAUUCAGUGUGGACUCCUUCCAGAUUUGCCUUGAUUCUCUGCUCUUAUUUGACCGCUGCUCAGAGACGCCCAUGUCUGAGAGCUUCCACCCCACUGUGAUCGGGGAGAGUGUGUAUGGGGACUUCGAGGAGGCCAUGGAUCACCUGUGUCAGAGGACCAUAGCUACACGCAGCCCUGAGGAAAUCAGAGGGGGCGGUUUACUGAAGUACUGCCACCUGCUGGUGCGAGGGUUCAGAGCCUCCUCAGAGGCGGACAUGAAGCAGAUGCAGCGCUACAUGUGCUCACGCUUCUUCAUUGACUUCCCCGACAUAGGCGAGCAGCAGAGGAAGCUGGAGGCCUACCUGCAGAACCACUUCGCCGGCAUGGAGCACAAGCGGUACGAGUGCCUGAUGACGCUGCACCAAGUGGUGAACGAGAGCACCGUGUGUCUGAUGGGCCACGAGCGGCGCCAGACGCUCAGCCUGAUCUCCAUGCUGGCGCUGAGGGUGCUGGCCGAGCAGAACGCCAUCCCCACUGUGACGAACGUCACGUGCUACUACCAGCCCGCCCCGUACGUACAGGACAUCAAUUUCAGUAAUUACUACAUUGCACACGUGCAGCCGCCGCAGGUCUCACCGUGCAGUAACUCAUAUCAGACGUGGCUGCCCUGUAGCUGAACCGGCUGUGAGGCGGUCAGAGGUGGAUGUGUCUCCAUCGCUCCUUAUCUUUCAAAGGAAGUGGACUGAUAAAUACACCAAGGAAACCCAUGUUUUGCCAAAUGUGACUAGACUACAACAAUCUUGUACUGCUGUACAUCUGAUUGAACCGACACAUUCAUUUUUCUCACUUUGCUCUUGCAAAACAUCUGUAAGAUUGCUGGUCAUUUCUGAGAUGUGGUGACAAUAUCUUAUUUAAGUAUUAAAAAAACCAAAACAAAACAUUGAGGCUGGUGUUAUUUUCAUACUCUGGCUUUAUUUUUUUCUUGUUAAAAUUACAUACCGGACCAAAGAUAUAUUUGUUGUUCAGAAAGGGAAUGUUGUUAUGAUUCCAAGUGCCUAAAAUGAACCAUGAAAUGUUCUAAAAACAUCUGUAAAGUCAGAAAUGUGCAUACAGUGUUUUCUGGAUUACUCUUGUUUCUCUUUUCAGAAACGGAUGCAUUUUUUGUGAGAUUAAAGAAAAAAAAAGAUAAAACUCAA